AUGCCACGCCGUCCGGGCCAGGCCGGUGCCUGGUUCGCCACGGGGCAGAGCCAUGGAUCUCCAAGAGUCGACGUCCUCGAUGCGGACGGCAUCGACGCCAUCUGCACGGCAAACUGCAAGGAAUCUUUGAUUGAUUUGCGCACCAAGAUCCAAAGCGACUGCGACCCAGUGACAGACGUUUUGGAUCACGACCUGGCGCUCUACCCAGCUACGUACAUCGUGGAUCGUUAUAUCUAUGUUUAUGAGAUAUCAUGCUACAAGCACAGGGAAACAGGGACCUCAUGUGACUAUAUCCUAGGUGAGUGGCGUAAUGAGACCGACGAAGCUCCUCGCGAAUGCGACGACUGCGUUCUCGGGCCCAUGCAAAUUGAGGUCAACUCGCCCAUUGGUCACACUGAGUCGCGCGCUGCCGGAUUUGAGUCGGUCGUUUCCAGCUGCGGAGUGACGGGCUACUCUUACACCAGCCCAUCACCAUACGUCCUCAGUCCAGGAGCCACUUCGUCUGAAGUUCUGUCACCAACGGCAGUGGCACAAAGCUGGUCUGCACAGCGCAUGUCCUCGGAAUGCGCCGCGACUUAUCACGUCCAGGAAGGCGACACUUGCGAUAGCAUUGUAGAGGCGCAGAGCGUUCCGAGCAGAGAUCUCUUGGAAGCUAACGACCACCUCGACAACUGGUGCGGCGGAAUCGAAGUGGGUCAGGACUUGUGCUUGCCGGCUCAGUGCAAGCUACAUCUGGUAACGCCGGAUGAUUCGUGUGACUCUGUCACGGUUGAGUAUGGCGUCAUCAUAGACAGCCUGUCCGAGUGGAAUCCGAAGGUAUACAUCCAGUGUGAUGGCUUCAACAAAACCAUAUCUGGCUUCAUCUGCGUAGGACCUCCCGUCCUGUCGGGCAAGUCGUUCAAGGUGCCCACGAACCCCACGCUCAGAGCCAACGCCACAUUCCACCUCACGACUCUCUCAUCGGCUAAGACAAGUGACCGGCUACAGACGGCGUCAAUCGCGCCAUCUAUUCAGUCUUCUGCUUCAGAAUCAUCUAGUCUUACGAUGACCGGCAUGGUACAGAAUGAGGAGGCGACUGAUACAGUUUUGUCAUCAACGACGACAGAAUUGAGGGACUCUGCUGAAAGCACAAUCCCAACCAUGGUCGUUGCAGAUGACUAG